AGCGCAUAAAUAAAUAUGUACACCAUGAGCUUGGAGGAUUUGCCCCAAGACUGCUUCGAGCAGAUUUUAUCAUUGACAUCUCCCGGAGAUGCAUGUCGUUCCUCGUUAGUCUCGUUGUCGAUUCGUGCCAUGGCCGAUAUGGAUAGUUUGUGGGGUAUGUUUUUGCCGUCGGACUAUCCAGAAAUUCUGUCCAGAUUAGUCACUCCAAUACCUUAUUCAUCCAACAAGGACUUGUUCAUCAGGUUGUGCAGUCCAAAUCUAAUCGAUUGUGGUAAAAAGAUGUUCUCAAUAGAGAAAUCAACAGGUAAAAAAUGUUACAUGUUAAGUGCAAGGGAUCUUUCAAUUACAUGGGCGUGCAAUCCUCUCUAUUGGAGUUGGAAGUGUUCCUCCGAAUCAAGAUUUGCAGAGGUUGCUGAACUCAGAACCAUCUGGUGGCUAGAAAUAUAUGGCACCAUGAAUAGUCAAUUGCUAUCACCAAAAACAGUUUAUAGUGCUCAUCUUGUUAUCAAGUUGGCCAAUCGUGCAUAUGGUUUGGACUCAUUACCUUCUGAGAUUUCACUUGAAGUUGGCAAUUACAAAUCACAAGGCACUGUAUACUUGAGUGCAAAUCGGAAGACAACAGAAGUAGACGAACGUGUGAGACCAAUCAGGGUUCUGGAAGAACGUCUUCGUGAGCGAACAGAUGGAUGGAUGGAGAUUGAACUGGGGAGCUUUUACAAUGAUGGAUGUUAUUAUAACAAGGAUGUGAAGAUGAGCCUAAAAGAAGUUAAGGGUGCACACCUAAAAGGUGGCCUUAUUGUUGAGGGAAUUGAGAUUAGGCCAAAAAAUUAGUGCAUUUAUUUUCCCCUCUCCUAAUUUCUGAACUUUCAGUGUAAAUGGACUACGAUCAAUUGAAAUUUUUUUAAUUAUUUUAUUUUCUAAAUAACAUUUCAAUUUAUUUUAGA